UUCUCUCAUUCAUUUGUACAUACAGGCUUACAUUUCUGCUCUCCCUUCUCUCUCUUUUGUUCCCCUUUGAUCUCUUAGAAUGGUGAUUCUAGGUACAGUUUUUGGCAUAGUUUUCUAUUUACUUCAAGCUGUUUCUGGAGAAAGUGGCUAUGCGCAGAAUGGAGACUUGGAAGAUGCAGAAUUCGAUGACUACUCAUUCUGGUGUUACAGUCAGUUGGAAGUAAAUGGAUCUCAGCACUCAUUGACCUGUACUUUUAAUGACCCAGAUAUCAAUAGCACCAAUCUGGAAAUGGAAAUAUGUGGGGCUCUGUUAAAUGUAGGUUGCUUGAGACUUAAUAAAAUGCAAGAGAUAUAUUUCCUCAAGACAAAGAAAUUCUUACUGAUUGGUGAGAGCACAGUAUGUGUGAAGCUUGGAGGAAACCCCAUACACUGCAAGACAUUCAACAUAGUCAAUAUAGUUAAACCUGAAGCGCCUUUUGAUGUGAAAGCCAUCUAUCGUGAGGAAGCAAAUGACUUUGAGGUGACCUUCAAUACAUCACACUUGUACAAGAAUUAUGCAAAACAAUUACUGCAUGAUGUAGCAUACCGCCUGGAAAAGGAGGAAAGUCACUGGACGCAUGAGAAUUUGUCCAGCACGAGGCUGACACUCCUGCAGAGGAAGCUGAAACCCAACGCAAUGUACGAGAUUAAAGUCCGAUCCAUCCCUACAGACUAUUUUGAAGGCUUCUGGAGUGAAUGGAGUCCAACUUCCUCCUUCAAAAAUCCAGAGAUCAAGAGUCCAGGGGAGAUGAAUCUUUUUUUGCUAACAGUCAGCACUCUGAGCUGUUUCUCUGUGAUUCUGUUGGCCAUCUUAGCCUGCAUGUUAUGGGAGAAAAGGAUUAAGCCUAUUAUAUGGCCUAGUCUCCCAGAUCAUAAGAAGACUCUGGAACAACUUUGUAAGAAACCAAAACGAAAUUUAAAUGCGAGCUUCAAUCCUGAGAGUUUUCUGGACUACCAGAUUCAUGAGGUGGAUGGAAUUCAAACUAGAGAUGAAGUCGAAGGUUUCCUGCAGGACAUUCUGCCUCGGCAACUAGCAGAAUCUGAGGUGCAGGAGAUUGGAGGGAGUGUUGGCUGCCCCAGCAGGCCUUCUGAGAAUACAAGCAUCACUCCAGAAGCUUCCAGAGGAGAAUCACCCCACAGCAACCAGGCUGGAAAUGUCAGUGCAUGUGAUAGCCUUAUUACCGCCUCUCCCAACUCCGCAAACUAUGGGGAAGGUGACAAGAAUGGACCUCAUGUGUACCAGGACUUGAUACUUAGUCCCGGAACUACAAAUAGCAUCCUGUCCCCACCAUUUCCCUUCCAAUCAGGAGUCCUGACAUUGAACCCAGGUGUUCCGGGACUGCCCAUCCAUACUUCCCUGGGGCCGAGUCAAGAAGAAGCUUAUGUCACAAUGUCCAGCUUUUACCAAAACCAGUGAAUUGUACAAAAUCCAAGACCAUGUACAUUGCAAUCAACAAAUCCAGCUAAGAGAAGAGUCUCUCUCUUAGAGCAAAACAAAGAGAGUCAUUACAACCCCACUAUCCACUCUUCAGGACUCUGAGCCAUCACUUUGACAUUCUGAUUCAGAAGCAUUCAAAACAAG